CUCACAGGCUGCAGUUUGACACUCCGCUUCCCCGGAGAAGACGCACACAUUUCGGCUACCAAUCACCUCUGGAGCUGGGCAAUGGCGACCGCUGACAGCCAGGAAACCUUUGAGUCAUGGCUCAACCAGGCCACAGACCCAAACAACCAGGAGGACAGAUGGGACUGCAUACAGGGCUUCUACCAGCUCGUUGACCAAGAGACUGAUGGGCCACAGGUUGCCAUUCGUCUACUAGCCCAUAAAAUCCAGUCUCCACAGGAGAAAGAGGCUCUGCAGGCUAUCACUGUUCUCGAGGCAUGUAUGAACAACUGCGGGAAGAGGUUCCACAGCGAGGCUGCCAAGUUUCGCUUUCUCAAUGAGCUCCUCAAACUCUUAACACCAAAGUAUUUUGGCGCGUGGACUCCACAGAAAGUUAAAGACAGAGUGACGGAGGUCCUCUACGGCUGGACUCUUUGGCUAAAAGACGAACCCAAGAUUCAGGAAGCUUACAGCAUGCUCAAGAAACAAGGUAUUGUGAAGAAAGAUCCCAAACUACCAGACACAGUUAUAAUGGCGCCGCCAACGCAAAGAACCACAGACUCUGUUUUUGACCAGGAGGACAAAGCCACACUGUUAGCCAGAUUACUGAAAAGCGGCCGUCCUGAAGACCUGGAAACAGCCAACAGACUCAUUAAAAGCACCAUCCAAGAGGAGCAAGAGAAGGCAGAGAAAGUGUCGAAGCGUGAAUCGACUCUGAAGGAGGUGGAGAGCAGCACCAAACAGCUCAGAGAGCUACUGACCCAACACACGACCGCCGGAACCUCGUUACAGCCGAGUGAUGACGUGAAGGCCUUAUACCAUCGCUGUGAUCGGCUGAGGCCCAGCCUGUUCCGCCUGGCCAGCGACACAAUGGACGACGACGCAGCUCUGGCGGAGAUCCUGGAGGCUAACGACGACCUAACGCUUGUAGUAAACAGCUACAAGAACCGAGUGGGAAUGGGAGAGUGUAACGGUGGAAGAGAAAGAAGUGGAAGUGAGGAAGAGAUGGAGGGUAAAAGUCAUGCUCCAAAGAGUCCCAGAGAGAUUAAAAGCUACCACCUCAUCGACCUGUCAGCACUGGACUCUCCACAAACGCACAGAAAAGCUGAUUCACCACCAUGCUUUGAAUCCUCUUCACCCAUGUUUUCCUCUCUUCUGGAAAGUACCUUCCACUCUGCUGCUGAACAGGACUUAAAUGAAUUAGAGUUAGAUAAUCUGGUCUCAAAACGGACUCAGGAGACUUCAAGGUCGUAUUAUGAAGAUUUGAUGCAGCUUAACGGAGAUGUUCAGAUGAAGAAUGCUGAGCAGAACGGAGGGAGAGGUGUUGUGUUGAGAGCUCGUGGAUGUGGGGGGAGCAGUGCUUCAUCUAAUGGGACCAACAUUUGGUCACUUCCUUACGAUCAACAAUUUACUACAGAGUCGGGAUCACCGUCCAAGUCGCAGAAACAACUCAGUGAAAUGUCUGGAUGUCCAGUGAAAAUAGAGGAGAGCUUGUUUGCCACACCACUCCUGAAAAGCAUAUUUGUUCCAGUGGAAACCAUCAAACCCAGUAGUCUUAAACCGAUCACUGUCUACGAUCAUGGUGGCGUCCACGUCUCUCUCCAUUUUGCCAAAGACUCUCCGCCGGGUCAUCCAGAUGUCGCUGUGGUCGUCAUCUCCACCGUGAACACAUCUGCCCUCGAUGUGAAAGACUUCAUGUUCCAAGCUGCUGUUCCAAAGAGCAUGUUGGUGAAACUUCAGCCUUCCUCGGGGACAAACCUGCAUUCAUACAACCCUCUGCUGCCUCCGCCUGCCCUCUCCCAGGUCCUCCUAUUGGCUAAUCCUCAGAAUCGAAGGGUGCGUCUACGCUACAAGCUGACACUGACACAUGGAGACCAUCAGCUGAACGAGAACGGAGAGAUUGACAACUUUCCUGAAUGGACCUCUUUGAUCGGCCGCUAAAAAACUUCAUGGACUGAAACAAAAACUCUGGACAUGAAAUCUAGAUUCUGAGAGUAUAAAGAGUAACUCUGAAGAAAACUCAACAAAGAGGUGGGAAACUUGUGAAAAUGCCUUCAGUCGAUCCUCAUGAGGUAAACAACAAACAAAUAUCAAAGCUGGUUUUUUUUCGAAAUUCAAGAUAUUGUGUUUUCUGAUGCAUUGAUGAUGAAAUCCCAGAAGGAUUUAUAUUACUCUUAAAAGGUGAGUAAACUCUAUUUCACAUGUAAAAAUGUCAAAGUUCAGGUGGGUUUGGUACAUCCCUGAUUCUUCCUGUUCAGGUUGCUUCUGCUGUUUUUUGUGAAAGCUGCCUCCUGUCUGUUGUUGGGGUGCAGUUUGAUAACAGUUUGUUCACUGUACCCAUGUUUAUGCUGACGCGUGGCUGGUUAAAUGUCUGGACGUAAAUAAUUCCAGUGCCUUAAGAUGGAAGAUGUGGCGUUUUUAAUAUGUAUUUAUUUUAAGAACGAGGUUGUCUUAAGGAGUGAAUGUGUGAGAUACUUUUCAUAAAAAAAAUUGUAUUUGCAGGUAAUUUGCUGUUUUUGACUG